CAAUAAUAAUGCAAGAUUCAGUAACUAUUAAGAUUCAAUGUAAGGCAUUUAUAUCAAAUCUUGCAUUAUUAUUACUUAUUGUUAAAAGAUUGUCAUUAGCAUGCAGAAUGCCUUACGUUGAAUCUUGA